CCCCGAAAGAGGACAUUGUCGACAUCGCUCCCCUCUGGUCAGAAACUCAAUCCUUAGAUUCAGAGAAGACAAUUGCGGUAUUCCCACCAGUCUGCUACCAGACUACCACAUACUGCCCCCGUGCCUCGACAGAUACACGUGUCCGCCCUCACAACCCGAGUCACAACAAUGGCAGAGCCCUCCAAGGACGUCAAGCCAACCUUCACCCCCGGCGAGAUGGAAGAGUCGACCGGCUCCGUCGGCGCGGGCAAAGUCGAGCCCUCCGCCGUCCCUGGCAAGGACAGCGAUGUGGCCGCCCGCUACGCCAACAUGUUCAGUGGCGGCGAGGGCUAUUCACGCUCCGAAUGGGUCAAGCUCAGGUGGAAGCUCGACAUGCGCCUCGUGCCCUUGCUGUGGUUCAACAUCACGCUUGGCGCCAUGGACAAGGUCACCACCGCCACGGCCGCGCUGUACGGCUUCAGGCAGGAUACGGACCUGUAUGGGGACCGCUACAGUUGGGUCGGCAGUGCCUUUUAUUUUGGUUACCUGUUCUGGUGCCUACCCAGUGGUAGUCUGCUUCAGAAGUUCCCCAUCGCCAAGUUGAUGUGCGGCGUGCAACUGCUGUGGGGUGCCGUCCUGAUCGCUACGGGCUUCUGCAACAACUUCCCGAGUCUGAUCGCGGUCCGCGUCAUUCUCGGAGCGCUGGAGGCACCCAUCGUCCCUGGCAACUACUUGCUCCUCGCCAUGUUCUACAACCGACGCGAGCAGCCUCUUCGCAGCGGCCUCAUGUAUACUGGUCUUUCUGUUUUGUUCACAGGGCCCAUCGGAUACGGAAUCGGUUCUCUUGCCGGCGAGCACCAGUGGCGCUCCAUGUUCUGGAUCACGGGUGCCAUGACCGUCGUCUGGGCCAUCGUCAUCGGCGUCUUCCUGCCCGACAACCCCGUCCAAGCGCGCUUCCUCCAGGAGCGCGAGAAGGCCAUUGUCAUCGACCACAUCCGCGAGGACCAGACCGGCGUGGAGAACAAGACGUGGAAGAAGGACCAGUUUAUCGAGACCAUGCUCGACCCCAAGACGUGGCUCAUGUUCUUCUUCCACAUCUGCAUCUCCAUCCCCAACGGCGGCCUGACUAACUUUGCCCCUCUGCUCAUCAAAGGCCUGGGCUACAGCAGUCAGAGAUCGACUCUCCUCAUGAUGCCCACUGGCAUCAUCCAGACCUUUAGCAGCUACAUCUGCAACGGCGGCGUCUUCCUGUGCGCCAAGUACCUCCCGGGCAAGCACCUGCGCUGCGCAUGGGUCGUCUUUGGCAUCAUCGUCGGCAUGAUCUCGGCCGUCUUCCUGUACACGCUGCCCCUGAAUGCGCUGCACUCGCGUCUGGCGGCGCUGUACAUGUCGUACUUUUACCUGGGGCCUUAUAUUGUCGCCCUGGGCAUCAACACGGCUAACACGGCCGGCCACACCAAGAAGGUGACCACAAACGCCAUGAUCUUCAUUGCCUACUGCGUCAGCAACAUCAUCGCCCCCCAGUUCUUCAAGUCCAACCAGGCGCCCCUGUACCCGCUCGGCAUGGGCGCUAUCCUCGCAGCCUACGCGCUCUCCAUGAUUCUCAUCAUCCUGUAUGCGCUAUACUGCUUCUACCAGAACAAGAGGCGCGCGGCCGUGGACGAAGCCGCGGGACAGCAUGUCCACGCCGAGACGGAUUUUAAGGAUUUGACGGACAAGGAGAAUGUGCAUUUCCGCUAUGUUUGGUAAGGGGGAAUGCUUGGUCGGACGUUGGAGUAGCACGGCUUUUGUGCGAUGGACUAGUUAUGUACACUGAUUUGGGAUGGUGAGCUUUUGAGAAGAGGAUCAAUAUCACGUUUGGUUGCGUUUAUGAUAGGUUCUGUGUUAAAAAGUACGAGUUU